AGGGCAAAAAUCAGCGUUGUCUUGGAGAAGCACGUCAAGCCCUGACCUACGGGCUACGGCCUCCGCAACUAUCGCCUGACUGCCUCCAUAGUGACCAACAAGUAUCCAGAAUCAUUGCCCAUUCGAAAUUCGCCAUUGGACAGAUCAGCCCGGAACACCCGAACUUUGCCUCCCAGUUCUUCUUCUAGCUUACUUCGAGAGCUCCAGUUCCCCUUGCCGAACCUAUCCCAAACGGCUGUCAAGUGCCGGCCACCUUCCGAACCACACCAGUCCCGCCAUCAAGGACGCGUCGGUGGGCCAUCAAAGGCUCUUCAAUGCCGCGGUUCUUAUCUUGAUCGCUCCAUGUCCCCCACCUACACCAGUUUCGCGUCAGGACUUGGUGUGUGCUCUGCAAAAGCCCACGACUGAGGCUGUAUCUAGACUCCAGAAAUCUGGGUAUUCCGCGGUCCGCCGUCUGUCGCGCCCUGAUAAGGGUUCCUCCACUUUCCGCAAUGAAUAUUACUACUCGGCUUGCCACUACAUGUUCUGGCUGCUUCGUGGAUCUCUCAGUCUCAUCCCCUCAUAAUUUACCAGUGCUUUGAGCAUCUGCUCGUCUCUGCCGGUUUCCCGCCCACGAACCUUUCCCUCGUCCACCAUUCCCAGUCCAUUUUCGGGGAAAGCAAUGAGCUGUCGGUGAACUAGAUCCAAUAUCAUCACCAACCUCACGGGAAUCACCACAGUCCAAUGAUGGCUAUAUUCGAGACCAAAAGCGACAUUUCGUCGACUGGCGGGGAAAAGAAGUCGGCAACCGAUGUCGAGCGAGGCUUCUUGGGGGAUGAUCAUGCCGUUCACCAGGCUGACUUCGCAACCGGAACCAGCACCUACGCGAGACUGCAAAGGCUGGCGGGCAAGCUUGGUGUCGAGCAGAGAGGUAUCGAGAGGGUCCCCGAAGACGAACGAAUCAACGAUGCCGUCGCCAACGUCGGAACGUUGUGGUGCUCUGCCAACAUGGUAGUCUCAUCCUUUGCCAUUGGUGUUUUGGCUAUUCCAGUCUUCAGUCUCGGAUUUGUUGAUACGGCUUUGACCAUCGUCUUUAUCAACUUUCUAGGGGUCUUACCGGUCUGCUUCUUCUCGACUUUCGGCCCCACAUUCGGUUUGCGACAAAUGGUCUUGUCCCGUUACUGGUUCGGUUUCUACGCUGUCAAGCUGAUUGCCAUCUUCAAUAUCCUUGCCUGUCUAGGGUGGUCGGCAGUCAACACCAUCGUCGGUGCACAACUCUUCCAUGCGGUUAACAACAACAUGCCUGGGUGGGCUGGUAUCCUCGUUAUUGCCAUCUCGACUCUAAUGAUUUGCACCUUCGGCUACCGAAUCGUCCACACCUACGAGCGAUUCUCUUGGAUCCCCUGCGCCAUCAUCUUCCUCAUCGUUCUCGGCGUCUUUGCGCACUCGGGCAAGUUCAACAGCAUGCUGCCCAUGAGCACUGGCCCGUCAGAGGCGGGCUCUGUCCUCUCCUUCUCUGCCAGCGUUUACGGCUUCGCGACGGGUUGGACAUCCUACGCGGCCGAUUACACGUGCUACUACCCGGCGUCCACUUCCAGGAUGAAGGUCUUCCUCGUCACCUUCUGCGGCCUCUUCUUCACCCUGUGCUUCACCGAGUUGCUGGGAGCCGCCGUCAUGACUGCCAGCGUCACCGACCCCACGUUUUCCGACGCCUACGCCAACUCUGGAAUCGGAGGUCUUUUGGCAGCCGUUCUGGUCACCAAGCUGGGUGGCUUUGGCCAGUUCUGCCUCGUCAUCCUCGCCCUUUCGAUCAUCGCCAACAACUGCCCCAACAUCUACUCGGUCUCGCUCUCUCUGCAGGUCCUGUCCAGAAAGACCGAGCGUAUCCCCCGAUUCAUCUGGGUCUUUGUCGGCACUGGCAUUUACAUCGCCAUCAGCAUUCCGGGCUACGACCACUUCGAAUCCUGGCUCGAGAAUUUCAUGCUCAUCAUCGCGUACUGGCUCGCCAUCUACGAGGGCGUCAGUCUCACUGAUCACGUCGUUUUCCGUCGCGGCAUCAGAGGGUACGACAUCAGCGACUGGGAUACGCCUUCGCGCCUGCCCCCUGGGUUCGCUGCUAUCGUGGCUUUCUUGAUGGGCGUCAUGGGUGCCGUGCUCGGCAUGUCACAAAGCUGGUUCACCGGUCCCAUUGGCAAGCUUGCUGGCGGAAGCUUUGGCGGUGAUAUUGGCUUUGAAUUAGCCUUCUCUUUUGCGGCAGUCUCUUACGUGGUGCUGCGUACAGUCGAGAAGAAGUUCUUCAAGAGAUAGCCAGCUGGUCGCACAGCGAGCGGGCUGAGUGAGCGAGUGGGUGUAUGAUAUCGAUCUGUGGGUUGUAUAUACUUGAAGUGUAGGCGUAUAUGGUGUUGGGAGGCGUCCGAAGGACUUUGAGUUGCGAUUUUGGUUGAAGAAUAACUCCAUUUUACCUGGGAGUUGCAA